AUGUGUUCCUGCGCCUGCGCGCGCCUCCUCCCCCCGCUCUUCAGCUCCGCUCCAACCCCAAAGCCCGGACCCGCCUUGGCGCACGGCCCGACGCCAGCCCGCAGCCGCGCCGUCGUCGCGCUCGCGGGCGCAGCCUCCCGGGACGACGCGUCUGCGCCGCUGUCCGGCUUCGACUUCCUCGCGCUGAAGCGAGAGCUUGAGGAGGAGGAGGAAGCAGUGGUGGCUGUGGAUGCGAAGGAAGGUGGUGAGUCUGUCAAUGAGGACGAUGGAGAGAGGGGGGCAGAGAGGAGUGCGGGUGGUACGAGGAGGCGGCGGCGGCGGCAGAUGGCGAGGCGAUCGGCUCUGCUCGCGAAGCAGGUGAUUAGUGUGAGCUCGGCGCGGAGCCUCGGGUUCGUGUCGCAGCUCUGGAUCGACGCCGCCUCGUGGGCUGUUGCAUUGGUUGAAGUGAGGCCAAGCUUACUUUCAGGUGAAGCAGAGAAAUUCCUUUUUGAGGACAUAUAUCAGGUUGGAGAUGUGGUGCUUGUUGAGAAUGAAUCUGUGAUCGAUAAUGAACAUAAACUGGUUGGAUUGCACAGCUUGGUGGGCUACAAUGUCGUAACUUCCAGGCGACGCAAUGUUGGCAAGGUGCGUGGUUUCACAUUUGACAUCAGCUCUGGUGCGAUGGAGUCUCUUGAGCUUGACUCAUUUGGGCUUUCGAUUGUCCCUUCUAGCUUGGUAAGCACAUACUGUUUAUUUGUCGAAGACGUGUUGGAUAUAGUCUCUGAUACAAUCGUGGUGCAUGAAGACGCUGUCUCACGGGUUCAACGGUUAACACAGGGCAUUUUGGGCACCCAAAACAUCCACGGACCUGGUGCUGAGAUUGACGAGUACAGUAGAAUUGGGGGGAGGAGGGGGAGGAGGAGAGCAAAUGGCCAGGGAAAGUCCGGUGGCCGAGAACUCCGCAAGGAAGCGAGGCAUCAGGAGGAUGACUGGGAGCUGCCGAUGGACUAUUGA